UCCGGUAGUGAAAUGCCAGGUGGCGAGCAAGAUGGCGGACUGAGUGGCUGUGACUUCCCCGUCUAUAAAUGACCAUAUAACAGCGAAUAUAGAAACAUCGAACCUCAAACAAUCGUCUUUUCUUGAACCCUCAAAACUUAAGUUGCGUUUGGAGCUCUGGAGUGUUAGCUGAAGUGAAGAUUGAAGACGUGAUAGAAGAUGGACGACUACUGCUAUGCUAAGAUGGCGACGUCAUGUCAAAGAGAAAGUGAAAGACAAUCACCAACGGAGAUAAAGACGGAAGAUGAAGACGUCCAGCAGCUGAUGGGUAAUCCAGAAGAAGUUUCCCCUCAGUCAGGGGGGAGCUCCACUUUGAAGCAGGAGACUCCACAACCACCCUGCAUUAAAAAGGAAGAGGAGGAACUCUGCAUCACUCAGGAGGGAGAGUGUCUUCUAGGACGAGAGGAAGCUGAUUACACUAAGUUCCCACUGACUGUUGUCUCUGUGAAGACUGAAGAUGAUGAAGAGAAACCACAAGUAGACAACCUCUUAGCUCCUCUAUCAGAUAGUGAGGCUGAAGACAAGCUUGAAGAACCUGUGAGCAGCGAUACAGACUGUGAAGACAUCCAGCUGCUGAGUCGGCAUUCAGAAGAACUUUCCCCUCAGAGCUCCACUUUGAAGCAGGAGACUCCACAACCACCCUGCAUUAAAAAGGGAGAGGAGGAACUCUGCAUCACUCAGGAGGGAGAGUGUCUUCUAGGACGAGAGGAAGCUGAUUUCACCGAGUUGCCACUGACUAUUGUCUCUGUGAAGACUGAAGAUGAUAAAGAGAAACCACAAGUAGACAACCUCUUAGCUCCACUAUCAGGUAGUGAGGCUGAAGACAAGGUUGAAGAACCUUUGAGCAGCAAUACAGGCUGUGAAGGCGAUGUGAGGACUCACACCGACAAACACCUUGAUCGCUCUAAAAAGAAGAGAGUUAAAACAUGUUUGAGUUGCUCAGUUUGUGCUAAAAACUUUAAAAGAAAGAGCCUCUUAGCUGAGCACAUGAGAACACACACAGGAGAAAAACCAUUUCAAUGCUCAGUGUGCGGUAUAACCUUUUCCCAAAAGAGCAGUUUGACACAACAUAUGAGAAUGCACACCGGAGAAAAACCCUUUCAUUGCUCAGUUUGUGGCGAGAGCUUUCCUCGUAACAGCUAUUUGACUUCACAUAUGAGAACACACACCGGAGAGAAAUCGUUUAAUUGUUCGAUUUGUCUAAAAAGCUUUACUACAAAGAACAGUUUGACUCAACACAUGAGAAUACACGCAGGAGAGUAUCCAUUCAAUUGUUCAGUUUGCGGGAAAAGCUUUUUUGUGAAGGGCAAUUUGACUCAGCACAUGAAAACACACACAGGAAUAAAACCAUUUGUUUGUUCCGUUUGCGGUAACAGCUUUGUUUACAGACAAAGUCUUAACCGACACAUAAUGACCCACUCGGAGGACAAACGCUUCAGUUGUUCAGUGUGCUGUAAAAGGUUCCAUCAGAAUUCUGACGCAGUCAGACACACAAGAACACAUAAGGUAGAAUAACCAAGCAGCUGUUCAGUUUGUGCUAUGACGCUCACAUGUGGCCACAGCCACUAAAAUCGGAAUUAUCUAGAGCAGGGGUGUCAAACUGGUUUGGAUUGAAGGUCACAUGGCAGUUAUAAACCCUGUUUCCAUAUGAGAAUUGUGUUAGAUGUAAAUAUAAACGGAAUACAAUGAUUUUCAAAUUAUUUUCAACCCAUAUUCAGUUGAAUGCACUACAAAGACAACAUAUUUGAUAGUCAACCUUAUUUUUGUGCAAAUAAUCAUUAACUUUAGAAUUUGAUGCCAGCAACACGUGACAAAGAAGUUGGGAAAGGUGGCAAUAAAUACUGAUAUAGUUGAGGAAUGCUCAUCAAACACUUAUUUGGAACAUCCCACAGGUGUGCAGGCUAAUUGGGAACAGGUGGGUGCCAUGAUUGGGUAUAAAAGCAGCUUCCCAAAAAAUGCUCAGUCUUUCACAAGAAAAGGAUGGGGCGAGGUACACCCCUUUGUCCACAACUGCGUGAGCAAAUAGUCAAACAGUUUAAGAACAACGUUUCUCAAAGUGCAUUUGCAUGAAAUUUAGGGAUUUCUACAUCUAUGGUCCAUAAUAUCAUCAAAAGGUUCAGAGAAUCUGGAGAAAUCACUCCACGUAAGCGGCAUGGCCGGAAACCAACAUUGAAUGACCGUGACCUUCGAUACUAUAGACGGCACUGUAUCCAAAAAAUGACAUCAAUCUCUAAAGGAUAUCACCACAUGGGCUCAGAAACACUCACAUCUGUAAGUGCAAGUUAAAGCUCUACUAUGCAAAGCGUAAAGCCAUUUAUCAACAACAUCCAGAAACCCCGCCGGCUUCUCUUGGCCCAAAAUCAACUAAGAUGGACUGAUGCAAAGUGGAAAUGUGUUCUGUGGUCUGACCAGUCCACAUUUCAAAUUGUUUUUGGAAAUAUUCGACAUCGUGUCAUCCGGACCAAAGGGGAAGCGAACUAUCCAGACUGUUAAUGACGCAAAGUUCAAAAGCCAGCAUCUGUGAUGGUAUGGGGGUGCAUUAGUGCCCAAGCCAUGGGUAACUUACACAUCUGUGAAGGCACCAUUAAUGCUGAAAGGUACAUCCAGGUUUUGGAACAACAUAUGCUGCCAUCUAAUCGCCGUCUUUUUCAUGGACGCCCCUGCUUAUUUCAGCAAGACAAUGCCAAGCCACAUUAAGCACGUGUUAAAACAGCGUGGCUUCGUAAAAAAAAAAUGCGGUUACUUUCCUGGCCCACCUGCAGUCCAGACCUGUCUCCCAUUGAGAAUGUGUGGCGCAUUAUGAAGCGUAAAAUAGGACAGCGGAGACCCCGGACUGUUGAAGGACUGAAGCUCUACAUAAAACAAGAAUGGGACAGAAUUCCACUUUCAAAGAUGAAACAAUUAGUUUUCUCAGUUCGCAAAAGUUAAUUGAGUGUUGUUAAAAGAAAAUGUGAUGUAACACAGUGGUGAACAUGCCCUUUCCCAACUACUUUGGCACGUGUUGCAGCCAUGAAAUUCUAAGUUAAUUGUUAUUUGAAAAAAAAAAAACUUUAGGAGUUUGAACAUCAAAUAUCUUGUCUUUGUAGCAUAUUCAACUGAAUAUGGGUUGAAAAUAAUUUGCAAAUCAUUGUAUUCUGUUUAUAUUUACAUCUAACAAUUUUCCAACUCAUAUGGAAACAGGGUUUGUAUAUCAGAGGACCACUUGUAACAGCGACUACUGUAUGGACAUGCCUCUGGAUUUCAUUGUUAAUUACAUAAAUUGUUUUAAGUAGACUGUCGAUUUUACAGAUUAUUUUAUUUAUUACAUUUUAUGGUAUAUAUAAUAACAGUACCACUUUUUUUUUUAGUUGUUUUUUUUUCUUACAGAAAAAGCUUGCAGCUUAGUUGGAAAAAAUGUUACUAUUACAAUUACAUUGGUUUUUUACAACAUUGUCUGGUUCAUGGAAAAACAGCACAAGUUCCUUUUUUAUUCUGGCAACUUAGCUGCCAGUUUUUGUACCGUAAAAAGAAAUGUACCGUAUUUCCAUUUACAAUAAUACGCCGUCAAAAAUAAGAUUUUACGUUAAAAUAUAGCAGUACAGUCAACAGAAUGUUUAAUGCUAUUUUUUAUUUCUUUUUUCAGUAAUAUACUGUAAAGAACACCAUAAAAUGUAUUGUCAUUUUUAUUAUAUGGAUGAGUAGUUUGCUGUAAAAUCAUAAAUCAAGCAGAUAUUUGAGUAUUGAUUUUUAAUUAGACAAAAAAUGUGGGGAAAGUAUAAUAACAUACUGUAUUUUUUUUCAAUUAUAGAUAUUAUUAAAGUUUAAAAGGCAUGUAUUUUCAAGCAGUACAUAUAUUUUUUCCUGUCAAAAUGAAUAAAAUCAGUUACAUUUAAUGAGAAAAUAUGAAGUACUUCUAUUGACAUAUCACUUCUAGGUGUUUGCGGGCCAGAUCUGGCCCCCGGGCCUUGAGUUUGACACCUCUGAUCUAGAGCAUAAUCUUAUCUCCUCAUGACCCCAUGUCUUCUGUCUAUCUAAAAACUCUUCAUACAGUGGGGCAAAAAAGAAUUUAGUCAGCCACCGAUUGUGCAAGUUCUCCCACUUAAAAUGAUGACAGAGGUCUGUAAUUUUCAUCAUAGGUACACUUCAACUGUGAGAGACAGAAUGUGAAA